AUGGCCCACGAACUUGCAUCGGAGAAGUAUGGGGAGUUUUUCCGACUACUGUCUAUCGGAGACAGGGUCGAGAUUAAGGCGGAUCCCCUCAGGAACCAGAUUACAUAUGGCAUGGAAAUAAUGACCAUGAACCGAUUGUUGGAGGACAACUCAAACACGUACGGCCAAGCUCCACUCGAUGGAUACAUGAAGAGGGCCUUUGCAAAUCACAAGGCUAGGAAGCAAGCAGCUGCCGAAGGCACGGAGCCUCCCUACCGCCUGACUUCCCAAGUGGUGACAGCCUCAAAGAGCACUGCACCAUCAUCAUCCAAAACUAAGACGCGGAUCCCGGAGAUUACGUCGCGAUUUUCUAGCAAAGGAUCUCUUGCAAAGGCCUUCGAUCAAGACCUCCGGGGCGUUGUGGUUGUUGGGGUGGAUUCCGGCGAAGCAAUUCCGGCAUGGUUUUAUGCGCUGGGCUCCGGAAUCAAGAACCUGCCUAUCAAACGCCCCGCCCUCUACAGCCCUAGCUUGUCAUUCAGAGUCGCGCUGGAGGCCAAAAAGCGCGAACGGGUCCGUGUCAUGAUCGAAGACGGACAAGGAGGGAUGGUAUACAUGCGAGACACUUAG